AAAUCAUAUCAUAGACAAUUACUAUUUAUGUCCGCCAUUCAUUCUUCUUUUUUGAGUUGCUUUUUCGUUUUACGAUUCCGAGAGCACGAUUUGUCAUCGAGAUCUACGCAACACGUUCGCGUAAUUAUUCAAGCAAAGUGAAUCAGGAACAACUAAAUAGGAGGUGUGGAGGCAUUACCGCUUCAAGUGUAGUGUAACAGCCGUCUGACGUGAUCGCACCCGUGAGAUCGUAUCAUCCAGUGAUGCUCUGGCUUGCCUUUUACGUUAUCGGUCGCGACGUGAGUCCUAGUGCCUGAUGGUGUGGAAACUAUGUUCGAUUAACGAAACAGUGAACGAGGACUCAGCAUGGGGGCGUUUUUGAACAAGCCCGAGACUAAGAAAUACAACGAGAGCGGCGAAGGAAACGGUCUCCGCUAUGGCGUGGCGUCGAUGCAGGGUUGGCGCGUGGAGAUGGAAGACGCGCAUCACGCGCAACUUACACUGAAUGGUACUCUCUCCGACUGGUCAUACUUCGCGGUGUUCGACGGGCAUGCGGGGGCCCGGGUGUCCGCGCACUGUGCGGACAACCUACUCGAAUGCAUCCUGCAGACGGAUGAGUUCCGGCGCGAGGAGAUAGCGGAGGCGAUCCGCGCGGGCUUCCUUGACCUGGACAAGAAGAUGCGCGAGCUGCCGGAGCUAUCCAAUGGGGAAGAGAAGUCCGGCUCGACGGCGGUGUGCGCGUUCGUGUCACCGAAGCAGAUAUACAUAGCGAACUGCGGCGACUCGCGCGCUGUGUUGGCGCGAAACGGGCUGCCGAUAUUCGCGACCCGCGACCACAAGCCGGAGCUGCCGUCGGAGAAGUCGCGCAUCGUGAAGGCGGGCGGGUCGGUGAUGAUCCAGCGCGUGAACGGCAGCCUGGCGGUGUCGCGCGCGCUCGGCGACUACGAGUACAAGAAGGUGCUGGACCGCGGGCCGUGCGAGCAGCUGGUGUCGCCGGAGCCGGAGGUGUCGGUGCACGAGCGCUCGGAGGCGGAGGACGAAUUCCUGGUGCUGGCCUGCGACGGCGUGUGGGACGUGAUGAGCAACGAGGCGCUAUGCGCGUACGUGCACUCGCUGCUGCAGCUCACCAACGACCUGGUGGCCAUCACCAACCAGGUCAUAGACACCUGCCUCUAUAAGGGCAGCAAAGACAACAUGAGCAUCGUGCUAGUGGUGUUCCCCGCCGCGCCGAAGCCGAAUCCCGAAGCGCAAAAGGCCGACCGAGAGCUGGACGAGACGCUCAGACAGAGACUCACAGCUUUGAUCGAGAGCAACGCGGGCGGCGGCGCGGGCGGCGGCGCGGAGGCGCGCGACGACCCCUCCUGCCACUUCUCCUGCGUGCUGAAGCAGCUGCUGCACGAGAACAUACCCGGCCUGCCGCCUGGGGGAGGACUCGCUGCUAAGCAAGCGCUACUGGACAAAAUAUACAGGGAGUACUACCCAGACCACAAGGACAGUUCGGAGACGUUCGACUGUCAGACCGACAUGGCGGACGUGAACUAAGCGCGUACAUUACCGCACGCGGCGACAUCGCACACACACACCGCACACAGCCAUCAGUGUACACCGUACAGGCGGGGUUGCCAUUACUAAAAACCAAAGUUUCCCUAUAUUGUAAAAUGGAGCAAACUUAGAAAAUUAAUUCUUUAAUUAAUUAUCUUAGAGUUCAAAUUAUAACCGAUAUGAGUGGUGUGCGAUUUCGUCGCGUAAACUUAGCUGAAUACAAAAUUAGUACAAAUCGAACGGAGUUGCGGCUACAUUACUUUGUAUUUUUGUGAACGUCGCGUCGGCCACGCUGUAACCUGUACAUAACAUACUGAAGGUAAUAUAGUUGUAAUUUUGUUUCGAUUUAAUACGAAAUCCGCUAAAUAGUACUUCGUCUGUGUUGAUUGUCGAGUCAAUGUUGCCAGCUUUGUAUAAAAAAUAUACCGUUAAAUUGUGUCCAUAGGUAAAAUAGAUCUUUUUUGUCUCCGAUUGUCGAAUGUGGCAAGUGCGGUAAUAAUUUCAUGAUAAAUGUUGUAUGUAAUACUCUUUAGUUGCGUGGGGCGUUGUUGUGUCCUCGUUGAAAAACCACAGGACAAAAAACUUUUCCUUGCCCGCGCACACCUUUCUUUUGUACCAAAAUCUAAAGAUUUAUACAGAUAAUGUGGCACAAAUACCUCAUUUUGUUCACAAUAAACUAUCCAAAUAUAUACUUUAACCAAACACUUAGAAUGAUGGGCGCGACCCAACAAGUUCGGACGCAUUACAUUUUUUUAUUAUUAUUUUUAGUAGAUUAGAUUGUUUCGUGUUAACAUUGGCCAUUCGUGAAUAUCAUAAUAUUAAAUGUUUAAUAUAGACAUUCUAAUGGGUAUAGAGAAUAAAAAAUAUACUUCCACAUACCUCACUGUUUAUGGCGUCAGUUCUUAUUGUCUAUGAUUCAAGAUGGCCAGUCACUUAGUGGAAUAAUUUGACCCCCUCGCAAUUUUCGUUCGUUUAUGGUGAGCCUAAGAGAAAUUUAUUGCUAUAAAUAAAUAGAUUUCAAAAAUAUAUUGAUAAUAAUUAGUUUUUUUGUUCUUUUUGUACAUAUUUUUCUAUACAAAUGCAUAGUCAUUAUCCGAAAUGUGCGAAAAGUUUUUUUUUUUUUAUUGUCAUUGUAAAUGUAGGGCCAGGGGGGUUUGUGGGGGCGCUUACGGGAAACUACGAUAAAGUUUAAAGAGAGAUCUCGUUUCGCCUCUCAACAAAUGUCUCAAUAAGUAUAAUUAUUCGGGAAUUGUAUGCAUGGGAUUUUAAAUAGUUAGUUUACUUUGUUUUUAUUUCAUACAUUUGUGGAUCAUUUAUUUCAUCUCACAAUAUUUUAGGUGCUGACUGACUGAGGCGCUAUUUAUGGACUAAACAAGACGAAAUUAUCGCAUCUUCGUCAGUGUUAGUUGAAGGAGUUUUCAGUCAGCUGGCCACCUAAAAUGCUUCUAAAUUUAAUUUUACAUGUAUUUUAUAAAUUCGGCGUGCUUUUAAAAUUGCUUCGUACUUAGAAAAGGAAACUUAAUGCAUUAUUUCGACGCGUGAAGGCAGAAAGCGCGGUUCUAGAGCUUUUUAACAGCAUUAAAAAAAAGAUAAUUAAUUUUUUUUAGAGUGUACCUGAUGCUGGCUUGAAUACGAAAUGGAACUGACUAUCGGUUACACUAAAAAAUGUGUUGAUAAUUAAAACAGUUGGUAAACAUUAAUUUAAUAUGCUGGAAUAACAUGCGUGUUUUGAUACUGAAAAUAAAUAAUAUUGUUAUCAGAAAAAGCACUUGUUAUACUGUGGGUGCUUUUAUGAUUCUCCUUAACAGUCUAAAUGUUGAAAUAAAGUUUCGUUUUUAAAUACACUGCUUUAUAACACCAAUAUUCGAAUAAAUUAAAAUAACACUGCUAUUAAAGUUAGUUAAUAAAAUAUCCUAGAAUUCCGCUAUUGACAUUAUAUUAUUGCCAUGUUGAAAGCUCUAUGACUGCAUCUUCGAAAACCAUUACAUCGUUACCAACACUCGUGCAUCUUCAUAUCCGCUGCGUAUGACGGUUACUAUACAUGUAAAUAAAAGAAUGGGAAAGUGACUACUUUUGUACCUGUCAUGACUUCAUUAGAAUAAAAAAUUGUUUGUAUUUGGAUCGGGCGCAUUUAUAAUCUAGCCAAAGUUUAUCUUUCGGGGCAUUAUAUAUUUCAUUGUAUAUUUUACAAAUAAUAUUACAAUUGAAAUUCGUAAUUAAUAAUUAUUUGACUCGACCAAUAAAUACUUCCAACAAUUAGUCAAAUAUUUUUAAAGCUGGCAACAUAUUUUCACGCGCCUGAUCCAAUUUCCUUAUAGUUAUACUGAUUAUAGAAAUAUGUCAAAAUGUGCCGUUUAUGAUACGAUUUUCACCAAUUUAAUAAGUGUAUGUACUGUACAUGGGGAUAUUAAUGAUGGGUGUGCCAAAUGUAACUCAAAAUUGUGUUGCCAGUAAUUACUAAAGUCUACUAUUAUGGUAGAAUGUGCUAACAAUAUGGAAAGUUAAAAAUGUAAGUAGACAACAGUAAAGCACCUAUGAUUCCUCUGGAAUUGAAGUAGUUCAUUGGAGGUGUUGAUCACUUGCUAUCAGGUGACUUCUCUCGGCUGUCUCCAUUAAUGAUUACUAAAUAUCACACAUUUUUGAGUUAAAUUUGCGUGUUUCAAAUUUUUAUAUGAAUAAAACAAAUACCAUAUCUGAUAUAGUUUGUAACGUAACAUAAAAAUAAAAUGCCCAAAUUGUCUAGUUUAUGAUUCAUAAUAAAGUUCUUACUAUAACAGUUUUGCGAAUGUUACAUAUAUUUCGGACGCGAGUUAUGGCGAUUUCAUAAUUUAAUGCGUAUUUGAACUUACAACACUGUUCAAUAUAAAAUGUUUUACUGUAAUUAACACCCUAUUUCCGUUACAAAAUGAUUAUAAUGCCUUGUUUGGGAAAAAGUUGACCAGUGUUGUUUUAGAAACAUUUCUAAUAGUAGAAACGCCAUGCGUGUGACACCAGACUUCCUGUUUCCACUGUUAGUUCCACACGUCGUUUGGCAUCGAAUAUACAUUUAGUCUCAAGAAUAUCUUCAUUGUGGUAGGUUUUUUUGGCAUGUAGCAACACUUGGAAUUUAAUUUGCAUUCGACUCAUAAUAAUCAUUCGUAUUAUAAUUAAUAAAUUUCUAUAUCGCAUUUCAAGACUUGUGUGCCAAGCAUUGCUAGAGUUAUUGAUUAAACAAGCCAAUAUUUACAUUACUAAAAUUAAAGUCAUAUAUCUCUCUGUAUUAGAUGCCAAACGAAAUGACAGCCACAUAUUUUCCAUUAAGCCCGUCAUUUAUUUUUACCUAUUUUGCAUUGUUUCCAUAGUGCUAUAAGUUAUUUUUUAAUUUAGUUUCUUUUCGUAACUCGUUUGAUUAGACCAAAUGUUAGCGGUGGGUUGUUUUACUCGUAACCACGGCGCGUAGGCUUCACGUCGGUACGUACAAUCGCUUUCGGACGAGAGGACGUAGUGUGUCUCGGUAUCUAGUAGGCGCUUGAACAAUAAAUACCUGAACCAUUGCAAUGGAUCGU